AUGGAAAUUCUUGGAGUUGGUGCUUUUGGUUCAUCUCGAUUACUCAAAACAAAUGAAGGAGAAUUCGCAGAAAAGCUAAUGAUUAUUAAAGAAAAAGAGUCAUUUGAAGAAGAGAUUCAAUCACUAUUGCAUGUUUCUCAUCCGAACAUCGUUCGCCAUGUUUGCUAUUAUUUUGAAGAGACAUCAUUUGGCUUUCGGACUAUUGUCAGAAUUGAAUUUCAUUCUAGAGGCACUCUUGAUAAAUUAAUUCAUGAAAGCUCUUUCACCUAUUCUGUAGCCACCGUCAUCGAAUGGACUGCUGAACUCUUUGCUGCUCUUUCCUAUCUUGUUACCGUUUCAAUCGUUCACAAGAAUGUUAAACCAAGCAAUGUGUUAUUGAGUCAAGACUUUAAAAUAAAGUUGUGUGAUUUUGGGUGUGGAAAGGAUUUCUUGCAAGAUUUGAUGAAUACAUCGAAUGCGGGAUUUGCUGCUUACAUGAGUCCGGAAGCAAAUGGAUAUGGGAAUCCGAAUAGCUCAAUUAUCACAACAGCAAGUGAUGUUUAUGGAGUGGGGAUUGUGCUUUGGGAAGUUGUUGAAAGGAGACGAAUUUUUUCUGCAAUUCGCCGAAAAAUGGAUGGUUUUGGUAUUCGGAGUUCAUUGGGACAAGGAGAGUUGACUGUUCCAUUGGCUGAGGCAAAUCUACAAAUUGCUGAUCUCAUUCAUAGUUCUACAAUGAUCGAUCGUCACCAACGACCUUCUCCAGCAAAUCUAUUCAAGAAAGCAACUGGGAUGAAAAAAUGGGAUAUCUAUGAGAAAUAUUCGAUCGAACCGAUUUUAACUGGUGGAAAUACAACGGAAAAGCCUCUGGGAAUAAAAGAAGAACCAAGAUUCUGUGAAGAAAUGGAUAACGGUUAUGAAGUGUGUAAAAGAAUCGAGAGAUUACCACAAAGAGGAUGCAGCAGGAAUUCAGCAUUCAAGAAUAAGGAGAAAUAUUCAAAUUGGAAAGAGAAAAGAUCACUCGCUUCACCGAUUAAGAGCUCAUUGGAUGAUCGGGGGAAAUGGAGAAAAAUGAGUGAAAACGAGUAUGAGAUAACAAGAGGACAAAAGGAAAGAGGAGAAGGAGAAGAAGAAGGAGAAGAAGAACAAGAACAAGAACAAGAAGAAGAAGUGAGGUGGAGAAGACCGGAAGUUUUUAAUGAGCCGAUCUCGCCGAGUGAAGAUGAGGGAUACAGUCGAUUGGCCAAUUUCACCUCUGUAACUCCUUCUGAGGGAUUUUACGAGACAAUUGAAGACUUACCAAGUUCUUCUGGAAUACAAAGACAAUCGAAUCGACAAGCAAAAGUGCUUAUCAAUUUAUCGCAAAUCAACAAUUUAGCAGCCACUUCUUUGGAGCUUAAUGGUAGCACAGAGGAAUGGAUGGUUCGAAUUGAGAAACUAAAAUCAACUCCAAGAUAUUGCGUGGCUCAAUCGGGUUUUUAUGAAAAGAAUGGACAGCAAGUCGAGAUCGAUUCGAGGACUUAUGAAGAUUUCAUUCGAAUAUCGGAUGCAGCAUGGAAAAAGCAAAGAAAUUCUUAUUCCUAUCAAAUCAUGCAAAUGAUGGUGAUGAAUCUAGAGAGAAAGCAACUGCUUCCACUUAUCAAAAAGCUUUGUCUCAAUGAGUACUAUUCGCGAGCCGCUUGGUGUACUUUCUUCUGCAUUGAACGCUUUUCGAUCGUUGAUGUUAAUUGGCUGGGUAUUGCUGAUUGCCUCUUUCGAAUCAUCCUUCGAGAACUCAUCGAGCAAAAUAUUCCAGAAACCGAUCCACAAAUCGCAAAGCAAGUCACUCGUUAUAUAAUCAUUCAUCACCGCAUUGAAAGACUUACAAAAAACGAGGAAAUUCGCCAAAUUUGGAAAAUCGCUCGUUUCUUGUUGAAUUUCGAUAUUUCUCGUUAUGGAUCAGAAAAUGAAACUGAAUUCCGAGAAGUUUAUUUAAACGUUUUGAAGAAAUUAGCAAAUGAUUGCAAAAAUGAACCAAAGAAAAAGGGUGGUUUGCCUAAAGAUCUCGUCGACGCACUUGAAGCAGAUAUUGAACAAAUGAAAGGACAUGGUCCCAGUUUCGAGGAGCGAAAAUUCUGCAUUGCCUUGUGGUCACUUCCGAUCAUGUCGAGUCGUAGUUCUUUU